AAAGAUGAUCAUGAUGUUAAGGUUUCUGUGUCUGUUUCUUCUUCUCUUAGCUCUAAUCAAGGUGUUUCACAAACUAUGGUGGACUCCUAUUCGGAUUCAGAAACUGAUGAGUCUGAGGGGAAUCAAAGGUCCUCCAUACAGACUUCUGUAUGGAAACGGCAAAGAAAUCAUCAACAUGCAAAAGGAAGCUGCGCUCAUGCCCAGAAACUUAUCACAUGAUAUAUUUCCUCGACUUCAUCCUCAUAUUCACUCGUGGUCGAAGAGAUAUGGGAAGAACUUUCUUAUGUGGUAUGGUGUUCAACCAGUUUUGGUUGUUACAGAACCUGAGUCAUGCAAAGAGAUUUUCAAUAACAAAGAUGGAGCUUUUCCAAAACCAAAGCCUAGUGACAUUGUGAAGAAGCUAUUUGGAGAUAGCCUUGCCAUGACAGAAGAUGAAAAAUGGGCCAAUUUGAGAAAGCUGGCCAACCAUGCCUUCCAUGGAGAGAGCUUAAAAGCUAUGUUUCCAGACAUGACAGCUAGUGCAGAGGCGAUGAUAGAAAGGUGGAAAAAUCAUGAAGGAAAAGAGACUGAUGUGUUUGAGGAAUUUAGAUUGUUGACUUCAGAAGUGAUUGCCAGGACAGCGUUUGGCAGCAGCUACUUAGAAGGACAAAACAUUUUUGAAAUGUUGAAGAAUUUAAGCAUCAUAGUAUUCAAAAAUCUUUACAAGUACAAGACCAGGUUUCCUGGAAUCAGCAGCAAGGUUUAUAGAACCAGCGGUGAGAUUGAAGCAGACAAGCUUGAGAAAGAAAUACAAGACUCUGUAAUGGAGAUUGUUAAGAAAAGAGAACAGAAGGCAAGCAGCGGGGAAGGAGAGAGCUUUGGGAGUGAUUUUCUUGGCUUACUUUUGAAGUCUCAUCAUGACAUCAAUGACGACCAGAAAUUUUCGAUAGACAAUGUGGUUGAAGAGUGCAAGGCAUUAUACUUUGUUGGACAGGAGACAACUAGUACUUUGCUUUCUUGGACUGUUUUUCUUCUGGCACAACAUCCUGAAUGGCAAGAGGAAGCAAGAAAGGAGGUGUUGCAGUUAUUUGGCAAAGAAACUCCAAAUUCUGAUGGCAUUUCCAAACUCAAAACAAUGAGCAUGAUUAUUAAUGAGACUCUAAGGUUAUAUCCUCCUGUUAAUUUGAUCGGAAGGAUAGUUCCAAGAGAAGUAAAACUGGGAGCAGUCCAAGUUCCUGCAAAUGUUGAAUUGCUUAUCCCAACUGUAGCACUUCAUCAUGAUUCUCAAAUAUGGGGACAAGAAGCGGCACUUUUCAAACCAGAGAGAUUCUCUGAAGGGGUUGCUAAAGCUACUAAUGAUAACAUGGGUUCAUUCUCACCCUUUGGAAUGGGACCUAGAAUGUGUGCAGGAAUCAACUUCGCUUCCAAUGAAGCAAAGAUUGCGCUCUCAAUGAUUCUACAACACUACUCAUUUACCCUUUCCCCAGCUUAUGUCCACUCGCCUUUUCAGUUUCUUACAGUUCGUCCACAACAUGGAGUUCAAGUUAUACUACAUUCUCUUUGAGCUAUACGACAAUCUGUGAGCUAUGCAUGGUCAGACUCCCAAGACUCCCAACAAUAUCUCGCGGUUGGCAUGUUGGAUAUUCUUAGCUUUGUUAUAAAAAAAUGCUACUGCUCAACUGACUGUAAUGAAUCUAAACAGUUCUUAAACACCGGUCCCAAUGUAAAUGAAUAAAAUAUCACAUUUCUCGGUUAAUAU